AGAAAACCCCCACCUCAAUAAGCAACUGGGUGGGUAUCAUCUUCAUGAUCGUCACGAAAUCGUUCGCCACUAUCAAAAAAGAAUUAUCAGAAUGGCAAGAACAACCGCGGUGACCGCCGAUCAGCAGGCAAUCGCCAUCAAGGAACAAUUGGCGAGAGUCACCUCCCUCGUCGAGGGGUAUAUUUCCGGCCUGCCCAGUGAUGGCUCAGAGAGGACCUCGCCUGCUGAGAGUGCUGCGCAUAAUGGCAGAACCCAGGAACUCGUCAAAGAGACGUAUACUCUGCUCAAUUCCAUCAAAGGGCCAUUUAUUUCUGUCUUUAACUUUGCAGAGCAGGUGAUGCAUAUUGGGGCCGUCCGGGCCUUGUUUGGCCUUGGAGCUACGCCUAAUGAGACUCUGUACUAUCUGGGGACCUUUCAAGGAAGUCGACACCGAGACAUACAGCCACACUCCCUUCUCCCAGCCUACAUAGACCCCAACGUUACAAAUCAGUUCCUGGGCUAUGUGGACGAAUUCCUCCCUGCAUGUCUCCAACUACAUGCCUUCCUCGACUCCAACGGAGGAAAUCCGCCUGAGGACGCUACUAACUGCCCCUACACCUUAGCCCACAACACAGGAGGGAAAGACAUGUGGGACCACAUGUCCCAGUUCCCGGAAAGAUCCAAGAUCUUCAAUAGCGCCAUGUAUGCUAUUUCCACGGCCCAUCCCUGGCCCGUUGCACUCUAUCCGUUCCGCAGCACACUUGCCCAGCUGAGCACGACCAACCCUGAUACCCCGCUGGUUGUUGAUGUUGGCGGCGGACAGGGCCAAGCACUUGCUGUAAUCCGCCAACUUUGCGGGGAUAUCCAGGGUCGGUUUAUCCUGCAGGACCGAGCCGAUGUGCUGGAUGCGAUCCCGCACAACCUCCCAGGAAUCGAGAAGAUACCUUGUGAUCUCUUCAAACCCCAGCCGGUCAAAGGUGCCGCAAUCUACUUCCUCCGCCACGUCUUGCAUGACUGGGCCGAGGGCGCGUGUGUUAGGAUUCUUGAGAACAUUGCCACUGCAAUUACAGACAAGAAGACACAGCGUGUGGUUAUAUCCGAUAUGGUCCUCCCGCCGAAGGGGGUUAAUGUGGAAUCUGCCACACAAGACUUGGUCACCCUGAACACCACGGGUGCUGAGCGGUCUAAGAAACAGUGGCAACGACUGCUCACUGCAGCAGGGUUCCGCCUGGGGAACAUAUACUCCAUUGACGGAUCGUGCGAGGCGGCUAUUGAGUGCACCUGGCAGCAAGAAAUAUCAUUUUUCGAGGGCGAACCUCGCUCACGCAAGGACAGCAGCAAGGAGAGCUAG